GGUCUCCUCAUGACAUGGAGAUAUUCCAGCAUCCUAUGUGUUUGAUCAGCUCUGAAAGUGUACACAAUGAAGAGGGUGAAGAAAUAAAAAUCAUUUUAAAGAGUGAACAGGAAGUAUUCGCGCAAAUAGAAAAGAUAGAUUGGCCAAUAGUUGUUGUAGCCGUGGUAGGUUUGUACAGAACUGGAAAAUCCUAUCUGAUGAAUCGUUUAGCUCAGUCUUCUAAAGGUUUUGCAUUGGGUGAUACGAUUGAAUCAACAACUAAAGGCAUCUGGGCAUGGUGUAAAAUUCAUCCAGAAAAGUCAAACACUGUUUUGCUGCUUCUUGAUACAGAGGGUCUUGGCGAUGUAGAAAAGGGCGACGCAAGUUAUGACAACAAGAUAUUUACAUUAGCGGCGCUCCUGUGUAACUGCCUGGUUUAUAAUAUGAAGGGAGCUUUUGAUAAUGAUGCUGUGUCUAAACUUACAUUUGUCACAGAAAUGGCAAAGAAUAUCAGAUAUCGAGGGCAGUCUUCAGAAAAUAACCAAGCACUUAAACUUAUACUGCCAGAUUUCGUUCUUUGUUUGAGAGAUUUCAGUCUUAAAAUGAUGAAGGAUGGAAAAAGGAUAUCUGAUAAUGAUUAUCUGGAGCUCAGUUUAGCUGACAAGAAAGGCAAAGCAGAACAUUUCAACAAGCCACGAGAAUGCAUCAGAAAAUACUUUCCGAAGCGCAUGUGUUUCGCAUUUCCUGUGCCUGGUGAUGGUGAUGUUCUUGAAAAUCUUGAAACAUUGAAAUUUAGCGAUUUGUCUGACAGGUUCAAAGAUGUCACCUCUCGCUUUGUAUCGCACAUUUACUGCGUACCGCCCAAGGAAUUGCUAACAAGUAAACCUGUAAAUGGACAAAUGUUUGUCACUUUGGCAGACCAUUAUGUUACGGCAAUCAAACAUGGCGCAAUUCCAGAUGUUGAUGAUGCCUUUUCAGCCGUAUCAAAAAUUGAGAAUGCUAAAAUUCAAAAACUUGCCGUUGAAUCCUUUGAAAAGCAAAUGCAAGAGAUAGUUCUUCCCGUCUCUUUUGAUGUGUUGGGGCAAUUAUAUACAAAAUCGCAGCAAACAGCACUUGACUAUCUACGAAAGAAUGUUGUUAAUGAUAAGAAUGGCAUAUGUGAAAAUGAAGCCCAGAUGAGAAUGGACAACUUUUUGAAUAAGAUAAAAGAAUCGAAUGAUGACAAAAUAAAGGAAAUGUGCGAAAUGAAAUUGAAAGAAGGUUAUGCGAAAUAUCUUGAAGAAAAUAUAGCAAAUAAAGUGUAUGAAACUGCAGGUGGAUAUCGAAAGUUUCAACGUGAUAUUGAUAGGUUAAAGCAAGACUUUGAAAGUGAUCUCCGGGAUUACAAGGAUAACGAGAUCAUGUGGACCUGGCAUGGAUUUGUUAAACAUUUGAAUGAAAUUGAAGCCACGAUCAUCCAAGCUGAUGAAGAUCUGUCACAAAAGGAGAAAGAAGAUGAGCAAAAGAACAACGAAGAAAAAAUGAAAACAAUGUUAGAGCAACAGAAGAAAGUACAGAUGGAAGCACUUGAUAAACAGAAAAAGGACCUACAGAGUCAUUACGAUAAACUAGAGAAAGAUCGCUCACAGCAACUUGAAAUCGAAAGAAAAAAAUUCCAGACAUUGAUGGAAGAAAAAUUGAAAUUUGAAAAGGCAACAGCGCAGAAAGAAAUUCAAAGAUUGAAACAAGAGCAAGAACAAAGAAUUAAAGAGAUGGAAAAAGAUAGACAAAGAUAUGAGAGAGAGGUUGAAAUGUGUCGACAACAGAUGAGAAAACGACGAAGAAAAAGUUCGUGUGUACUAUCAUAACACAACGAUAAUUUAUGACAUAUUUACUUGUAUUGUAUAUAAAAGAUACUUACCAGAGAAAAGUGUUUGAUAUUACAUCUUGACUUCAUUGUUUUUUGUUGUUUAUGUUUAUUUAAACUUGUACUUAUGGACACUCAUUUGAUAUAUUUAAUCCAAAGGCUUAACAAAAGGAAUUAUUGCAUUGCUUUGGAUGAAGACUUUUUGCCCGAGUGUUGUUUUUUUUUUGUUCUAGACCAUGAUGCAGAAACGUGAGUUUAAAUCUGGUCCUGUAAAAAUUCACUUUAAUAUUAUCCCUAUGAAAUGUUUUUUAACAACUUAUAUUAUUGUAUACAUCAAGCAUUAUUACAGCAAUGUUCAAUUUAAAAGAUUUCAAUUGUUAAUAUUCACAUAUUUUAAUAUGAUAUUCAGAAUUUAGACAUACCUAUAUUUAAUGGCAUUAUAUACACUUUAUCAGUUAUGAAUGUUCAUACAAUUUAGAUUGUGUAAAUUUGUUAUAGCUCGUACAAAUAACUUAAUAAGAAGGUAAACAAUGAUAUAAUGUGUACUUCUUCCUAUUCGACGAGAUAAAGUAUUGUAAUGAAAACGACGCAUUUUAUAAAUUUCGAUAACUAACGUUAUUAUAUCAAAUGCAUGUUUUGCUUAAUCUUUUUUUUAAUUCAAAACUGAAAAAGAAGCGUCUCUUGUUUAAUUGUUACAGUCGUAUGUAUCCGAAUUACAAACAUUUAAUAUUAUUACCCCUCACUUUUUUCGUAAUGCUAAUUUCCCAUAGGCCUCUGGGAGUUAUUUUUACUGUUAAUGCAAGUGUACCACGUGACUAAGAAUGUUGUACUGUUACAUAGGUAACAGUAUUUUUUAACCGUAUAAAAUCUGGUCACGUGGUCUAUUUUCUAAAUUAAAUUAAAUAAAUGGCCGCCUUUUUUCUCUCGAUUCAUUCUUAUUUUCGACUUCUCUGGAGUAACUAUGGCACUCAUAAAAUUUAGUUGUUCGCACCCCGGUGUGCUUUUCGCGUAUAAAAUAUCUUUUUGUUGAAUAGUCAAAAAGUGAACAUCCGUUUUCAACGGAAGUAAUUGCAAUGUAAAUAAUUAUGUGUCAAACUGGAACAUGCAGACGAUUUAAGCAUGCAACAAAGGAUUAUUUAACAAUUUUAAUCAGUGAAACGUUACAGAUAUGGUGGACAGACAUAGGAUAUCAUCGUUAUUUUGUCAAAAACCAUGCUAAGAAUAUUCUGGAAACAGAAGGAUCAGAUUUCACAGAUCAUAACCGUGUAAAUGGGUUAGUGUUUUGUUUUCUAAAUAAAACCUAGCUUAUUGUAUGUUUAUGAUUUGUAGAUAUCAUCACUUGCUUAAAGAAUAAAAGAAAAAGAAAACUUCUCAAGUAGGCCUAAAGUACACUUAAAACUUAAAAGGUAAGGACAGUUUAGUUAUUGUUACUCUUGGUUUAUUUUUGUUACAGUUAGAUUUAGUUGACAAUUUCAGAUCAUCACAGUAUUUUUGUUCGGGGUAAUAAAAUAAAUAACACAUGGGUUUGUGAGUAACAGUAAAAAUAUCAUCCCUCGUAAAAAUACUGUUACCCUCGGCUACGCCUCGGGUAACAGUAUUUUCCUCGGGAUGAUAUUUUUACUGUUACCCACAAACCCAUGUGUUAUUUAUAUAUUAUUCUUGUAAAAUGCCCCAAAUACCUUUGUUUAUAGGUCACAUUUUAUCCAACUCAAGACUGUUGUAGAUUUUUAUCAUUUGCUGUUACAUGAUAUUUAUUCUAGAUAAAGAUAAAAUGAAUUCAAAUCUUUAGUAAAUAGUGUUUGCUUAUUCCUGAGAACUACAAGUUGUGUUUCAAAAUUUAGAGGCGUUGUGGUAUUGUGGCAGAUUUUGAUUGUUUAUUAAACAAUUUUAUUUUUUAUUCCAUAAAGUUAUUUCUCUCUAAAUUUCAACUGAUGAUAAUGUUUUUUUCCAGAUGCUGUAUAGGCCAUAACAUAAUGAGUGUAAAUUUGGCCCUCUAAAAGUUUGGGUAAUUUCAAGAUUAACGAUUUUAUGUUACGCUUUCAUGUCUUUUCUUAUUUAUUGAUAAUGCUUUCUUUAAUAAUGGAUCAGUUUGAAAAUAUCCUUAUAUUCUCUGUAUUCUACCAUGAGAUGUUUCGACAGCUUAAAUCAGUCAGAUGUUUUGCCAAUCUCAUUGCUUGUGUUCACGGAUAAUUAGAUAGCUUUUAUCUUUCAAAGGGCAAAGUCACUUCCACCUCUUUCAUAAAGUAAUUCAAACUUUCUUUCCUUACGUUAAAAUUCUAUAAUUUUUGUUUUGUUUUGUAUUUUUUGUAUAGAUUUUCAGUAUAUUACUCUAGAUUUAGUUUCAGCAUGGGCCAAUAAGUUAUUUAGUUUAUAAGUAUUUUAACAAUUAAAACAAAAUUGGACUUUAAA